AUGUAUAUUUCGUCAGAAUGGGGGUCGUAUUCAGUACCAUCGAAGUGCAAUUCUUUUGAACAUGACGAUGGCUAUUCCAGCAAUCAGACGGCGCGAAUACUCCGGCCGAGACUGUCAACACUGUCCUUUCUAGGAUACAGAAUCCUUGGAGAGUCGCGUGCUUCUGCCGCAGGCUCCAGUUUCUACUACUCGAGCAGCCCUUCGACCGCUACGAAUGGGGUGAUUGGUCCAAUGCGGACUAAGUUUGCAUGCAUCAAAUACAGAACUGCGCGCUCAAGUCAGACGAGGGCCAGGAGCUUCCAUUCACUCGAUUUCGCUGUGAAUUCAGCGGAAGUCACAACAUAUACACCCUAUUUUGUUGUGACGAUUGGAGGGAAAGUCAGUAAUUCGAAAGUACCCAGUUCACCGGGAUUUCUUGUCGAGAUCCCGCUGUCUGAAUUAAUUCCUUGUACUUAA